AACAAAUCCAGUCCAAAGCCACACAACAUCCGCCACGUGUCAUAACCACAAUCACUUAUCGCACUUCUAUCUCCUCGCAUAUUACAAGACCACACACAAGCACUUGGCGAGAAACAGAAGAGAAGAAAUGGCUGCUUCAGUGAUGCUAUCAUCGGUGACGUUGAAACCGGCGGGUUUCACGGUGGAGAAGAUGUCAGCGAGAGGAUUGCCGUCGCUCACAAGAACUUCAUUCAAAAUCGUCGCGAGCGGUGUCAAGAAGAUCAAGACCGACAAGCCCUUUGGAGUUAACGGCAGCAUGGACUUGAGGGACGGCGUCGACGCCUCCGGUAGAAAGGGAAAGGGAUACGGUGUUUACAAGUUCGUUGACAAGUAUGGAGCUAACGUCGAUGGAUACAGUCCUAUCUACAACGAGGAGGAGUGGUCACCAGGUGGUGAUGUGUACAAGGGAGGAGUCACUGGAUUGGCUAUUUGGGCGGUAACACUCGCCGGAAUUCUCGCCGGAGGAGCUCUUCUUGUGUACAACACAAGUGCUUUGGCUCAGUAAAAAAUCUUCAAAACAUCAUCAUGUUUCUCUACAUGUUUUGUGUUUAUUGUUUCUCUUCUCUGUAAUGCUACUUUGAAUUUUAUAAAGAACUCUAGUAGCGUUUGUGUAA